GCCAGCCUCAAUGUGAUGGAAACACCCUUGAACUUGGUGUCCAAAAGAGGAAGGUUUGAGUUUCAGCUCUGUUAGUUUUACUGUGAUCUUGGAACUCACAAUGACAACAGUAACAGUGACCACAGAAGUUCCCCCAAGGGGUAAGAUAGAAGACAAUUCUGCCUUGUAUGAGUCCACAGCAGCUCACAUUAUUGAAGAAACUGAAUAUGUGAAAAAGAUUCGAACUACUCUGGAAAAGAUCCGAAAUCAAAUGUUUAAAGGUGAAGUAGGACAUAACAGUACAAAUAACAAACUAGAUGCAAAGCACUCUCGAAACCUUCAAAAUGGCUCUGAUUCUGAAAUGGAUCCCUCUAGCUGCAGUUUGGAUCUGCUCAUGGAAAGGAUAAAAGGAAAAGACCUAAAGCUCUUAGAAAUGAACAAAGAGAAUGAAGUAUUGAAAAUCAAGCUCGAAGCCUCCAGAGAAGCAGGAGCAGCAGUUCUGAGAAAUGUGGCCCAGAGAUUAUUUGAAAACUACCAAACACAGUCUGAAGAAGUUAGAAAGAAGCAUGAGGACAGUAAACGCUUACUCCAGGUUAACAAACUUGAAAAAGAACAGAAAUUGAAGCAGCAUGUUGAAAAUCUGAAUCAGGUUGCUGAAAAGCUUGAAGAAAAACAUAAUCAAAUCACAGAAUUGGAGAACCUUGUACAGAGAAUGGAAAAGGAAAAGAGAACACUGCUAGAAAAAAAACUGUCUUUGGAAAACAAGCUGCUACAACUCAGAUCCAAUGCUGCAUAUGCUAAAAGUUGCCAGGAUCUUCAGAUGGAGAUUUCCCUUCUCCAGGAGCAGAUCUCUCAUCUGCAGUUUGUGAUUCACUCCCAACAUCAGAACAUGCGCAGUGUCAUCCAAGAGAUGGAAGUAUUAAAAAAUAAUUUAAAAGAACAAGAUAAAAGAAUUGAAAAUCUGAAAGAAAAAGUUAACAUACUUGAAGCCCAGAAUAAAGAACUAAAAACCAAGGUGGCGCUUUGGUCUGAAACUCCUAGAACAACAGAAUCUAAGGCUGUCUCAACAAGCGAAUUGAAGACUGAAGGCACUACCCCCUAUUUGAUGUUGGUUAGGCUACGGAAAUGAGCUGCUGGGAGAAGAUCUGACUGAGAAAGAUCAUUAUGUGGGUCUUAUUUAUUCCUUGAAACACAGUCUAAACUUGCAUGUUAAAAUGGCUCAGUGGCAGUAUUUAAUGGAAUUUGUUAUACAUCAAUAGCUUUGCAAGAAGAUAACAUUCCAGAAAAUCAAACAAAUAUAUAUUUGAGAGAAGAGACUCUUUCUUCAAAACUUUCUAAAUGGGUGAAGAAACCAGGUGCUUGCCCAUGAUGGAAGAUGAAUUUUGCUUUAAAUUAAAAAAAAAUUCCAAAUCAUUUUUGGUGAAGGGGGUGGUUUAAGGUUGUCAACUUUGACCUUUUGAUAGUUUUUUUUU